AUGUGCUACUAUGGCAUCUACUACAGAGGUAUGGGCUAUGGAUAUGGAGGCCUAGGCUGUGGCUCUGGGUGUAGCUAUGGUAGCUAUGGUUAUGGCUGUUGCCACCCACUCUAUUGUAGAAGAUACUGCUUCUAUGGCUUCUACUGA